GCAAUACACACUAAACUGAGCAUGUGCAGAAGGGCUACGGGUUCAGUCUGUCUUAUCAGGUGGACAUUUGAACAAGAGGAGGGGGAUCUUUUUACACAACAUGGAGGAUUAACCCCUUAGGGCCUUUUUACACAAUGCAGAGGAUUAACCCCUUAGGUUCCACAGUGAGUAUAACAAGCAUGCUUUACUGCCAGGGGCGGACUGACCAUUUGGAAAGUCAGGCACUGCCCGAGGGCCUGGGGUCAGUAGGGGGCCCAUGAGAUGCCC